AUGGAGGACGAGUUUGACCCUGUUUUUCCAUUUGACCAUGAUUUAGACCAGGAGGACGAGUUGGUCCCCGAGGAGCAGCCUGCUGAGGCUCCUGUUCUCCCGGAUGAUCAGAUUCUUGAUAUGCCUACUGAUCAUCAGCCUGCUCCUGUCAAUCCAGAGCCCGAUAUAGUUCCGGAGUCCGUUCUUGCUCCUGACCCUAUCCAUGCAGACGUUCCCGUUUUUGUACCACCAGUUAUUGAUGCUCCUGUCAUACCACGACCAGUCGUGGAGAUUCCUGUCAUGGCACCUCUGCCUGACCCCGUCUUUGUUGAGUUACCCGCCAUUGCGCCAUUAUUUCCCGAUUAA